AUGUUCAAAAGAUCUAAAGUAACAGAUGGGACGGGCGCUGGCCAAGUGGGCAUCAGGAAAAAAUCUCGGGUCCCUGGAGUAAUGAUUACACAGUUUAUAGAGACGCUGCCUGAGGGGAAGAGCCAUCCAGACUUUACUCGAAAGCCAAUUGCUUUGACCAUCCAAGAAGGCAAAUUUGCCUUCUUUAAAGCCAUUGUUACUGGAGACCCUAAACCGACUGUGGCAUGGAGCAGAAAUAACGGCGAUGUCUCUGAUACGUCAAAAUAUCAAAGCAAAUACGACCCAAACUCCAAUGAGCACACAUUUGAGAUGCCAAAUGUCAGCGCUGAUCAAGCAGAUACAUAUAAGUGUUUUGCGACAAAUGAAUAUGGACAAGCCUUUGUCACAGUUGUUCUAAACGUGAUUGAAGUUGGCUUCAAAAAGAAGAAAGCAGAUCAGCAAAAUGCAACAGAAACCGUCAACGGUGAUUUUAAGACCGUUCUAAGAAGAAGUAAAGUGGGUCCCAAAUCAGCACAAACCGAGAAAAAGGAUGGAGAAAUAGAUCCAAAAUUUUGGGAGCUCCUUCUGAGUGCUGACAAAAAAGAUUAUGAGAGAAUCUGUUCGGAGUAUGGAGUGACUGACUUUCGCUGGAUGCUGAAGAAACUCAAUGAAAUGAAGAAAGAACGAGAAGAAGAACAAGCUGAGUUUGUCAAGAACAUCUCUAACUUGCGGCCUAUCCGGGUCAAUGCAGAUGGUACUGCAUCCUUUGAGAUUGACAUGGAUCUUCUUGAACAGAGCAGCUCCAUAUACUUGUAUAAGGAUGGUGAGAUGAUCCCAUACACAAAGGAACUGGGAGACACGAUGAAGCACAGCCUCAGGAGAGUAGGGAGAAAGUAUAUUUUCAGUAUGAGGGAUCUCAGGCCGGAAGAUGGUGGUUUCUACCAGUUGGACGUAGAAGAUGUUAAUAUAUUUUCUACUGAUUUCAAAAUUCCCAUGGUGGAUUUUUUGGUGAAAAUCCAGGAAGUGAAGGCAAUGGAACGAGAGGACGCAGUUUUUGAAUGUGUUAUAUCGAAACCUCUCACCAAGAUCUCAUGGUUUGGCAAGAAUCUGCCCUUGGAGCAAGGAGAUAAAUAUGAUAUUGAGGUUUCCGAAGACAAGCUCAUCCAUAGACUGGUGGUGAAAGACUGCAUGGUGGUGGACAAAGGAAUUUAUUCCGCGUGUGCCGGAAUAAAAUCCUGCAAUGCCUGGCUUGUCGUUGAAGCUGAUAAAGAUACAGAUCAGGGCAAGAAGUCAGUGAGGAAAACAACAAAGGCCGGAGGAUCCGGUAUUGAUCUGCAGAAGGUGGCCCAAGAGCAAAAUGCAAAGUUGGAGAAAGAGAAAGAGGAAGUGAAAGCUGCCAAAGAAGCUGAAGUUGUAGCACCAAAACCAGGAAGCGAUAAACCAGCAGACGUGGCACCAACUAGAUCGGUUGUGAAAGUGGAAAGCGAUGAAUGUUUAACAGGAAGUGAUAAAGUGGCCUCUGUUCAAGUGGUUUCGGAGGAAAUAGGCAGUGUUAAGGUGACAAAACCAGAGCCGCCACCUGUAGCUCCAACAAAUGAGCCUGUGGUUACGUGCGGACUCACCGAUAUAUAUUUUCUGCGUGGGAAGCCGGCUGAAUUAAAAGUCACAAUGAACAUGGACUGCGAAGGCAUCUGGUAUAAAGACGGAGAGCCGCUAAGCGCAGGCGCUGGGAUCAACAUAAGCAAAGAUUCCACCUCUCACACACUGACUUUUCAACACUGCCGAGAUGAUGACUCUGGAAUUUAUCGCUUUGUAUCAGGGGAUCAGAGUACGCAGGGAAAAGUCACAGUCGGAGAUGUACCCGAAUUUGACCCAGACGACCUUCACAAGUUCUCCAAGCCCUUGACAGUAAGAGUGGGGCAGAACGCCACUUUCAAGAUGCCUUUCGCAGCCCAGGAGUCUUUGAUCGUUAACUGGUAUAAGAAUGGUACAGAGGUCAAAGACGGCGGAGGAGUGAAGAUUGUGAGGGAGCCCAAUCACAGCCGGCUGCUCCUCCGAGACUGUCUACGGACAGACGCAGGGGAAAUUAAAAUCCAGCUGAAAAACGCAUUUGGGGCGGUGGAGGCCACAUCUCAGCUUUUUGUGCUUGAUCGUCCAACUCCACCAGAGGGUCCGGUGGAGAUUCUAGAAACUACGUCCUCUCUAAUCGAGAUUAAGUGGAAACCUCCCAAAGAUGACGGUGGUUCUGUUGUCACAAACUACAUCAUCGAACGACAGCAGCAAGGCCACAAUCUGUGGACUAAACUCGGGGAUGUCUCUGGAGAUAAGACCUCCUUCAGGGACAGGAAUGUGACCCACGGGAAGAAGUACAACUACCGCAUCUACGCAGAGAACUCUGAGGGCCUCAGUGACAUGUUGGAGACCACCGAUAGCAUUAUGGCCGGCAUAAUGAUACUUUCUGGACCACCCGGCGCCCCCAAAGUGGUGAGUGCCUCAAAGACCUGUAUUACAUUAAUGUGGACCCCUCCGGAGGAUGACAGAGGGGUGCCCAUUAUUGGUUAUCAACUGGAGAAACGCAAAAAAGACACAAAUCAGUGGAUUCCCCUCAAUGCAGUCAACGCACCCAUUGAAGAUGUGAAUUACACAGUUAAAGAUGUCACUGAGGGAGCGGAGUAUGAGUUCAGGGUUCUGGCAAUUAAUGAGUCAGGAGCUGGGGAUCCAAGCCCCCCGUCUGCAAUGGCGUGUGCAAAGAACCCCAACAUGAGGCCUCAUUUCAAUGACCCUGAGGACUUCAUUGUCGUCCGAGCAGGAAAUUCAGCACGUGUAAAAAUUUGCUAUGAGGCUGAACCUCCACCUGAGAUCACAUGGCUCAAGGAUGAUGAACCAACACCCCCGUGGAUUCAAAUAAUCAAUUCAGAAGGAAUGUCCCAGCUUGUUAUUCCAUCAUCCAAACGUUCAGACUCUGCCAUCUACACCAUCAUUGCCAAAAACUCUGUUGGGCAGGCUUGCUUUGACGUUGAGGUUCGAGUUACAGAUGAACCCAAGUGCCCAGGACCAGUGGAGCUGGAGCAAACCAUCCAGGGGAAAGUGGUUAUAUCGUGGGCUCCCUCCCCAGACCAGGGUCUUGAUGACAGACUUUACUACAUGGUAGCUCAACGCGACUCCAAUACCAGGAUAUGGAAAACUGUGGCAGACCGCCUCUUCACUAACACGUACACAGCCAACAACAUUCUUCCUGGGAUGGAAUACCAUUUCAGGGUCUUCGCCAAGAAUGACAUGGGCCUCUCGGAUCCAUCUCAGUCACCAACAUGGGGAAUGAAUAGUAACAAAGUUCCAAUUGUCUGCCAUGCAUUCAACUCAUCGCAUAUCAGCUUUGAAAGACCCCCGUCCAUUUUGGUCCCACUGAAGGUCCACACACCCCCCAAAGGCUACCAGGUUUACAUGACGUGUGCCGUGCGGGGAUUCCCAACGCCCACCGUGUCCUGGUUCCUCAAUGACCAGUGCAUCAACUCGGACAGUAACUACUACAUCACCAACUCUUUUGGCGUAUGUUCCAUGUAUAUUCUCAGAGUGCGGCCUAAGGACAGCGGGGAAUACAAAGUGGUUGCGGUCAACUCGUUUGGCAAGGCAGAGUGUUCCACCAAACUCAUUGUUCGAGAAUGAAACAACAAAAGGACAUAUUCCGACAUGUACUUUAAAAGUGAAAAGGGUUUCGGGAAAGUCUACUCUAAAUGGAA